CAACUCUGUCACUGCCUGCGCACAAGUCUUAAGUUAGUCUCGUUUGAAUUGAGAUUCCCAUCUUUGCCCUUUCUACCACAACACAACCUGAAACCACCACACCAACUUCCACACUUUUUCAAUUCUCUGCGCCUCCAAAAUCUUCCAUCUCUCGAGUCCUCGCUCACAACGACUCUCGCUCAUUCUUCCACUCUUUCGAGACGGUGUUUCUUAGUGUAAACCAAUUCACCAAAAAUUAACAUCAAACAUGGGUGUCGAGGAAUCAGUCUACUUGGCAAAGCUUGCUGAGCAAGCCGAGCGCUAUGAAGAAAUGGUCGAGAACAUGAAGGUCGUUGCAUCUGCAGACCAAGAACUCUCUGUCGAAGAGCGAAAUCUCCUCUCUGUCGCCUACAAGAACGUCAUCGGCGCUCGCCGAGCCUCGUGGAGAAUCGUCACAUCUAUCGAGCAAAAGGAGGAAUCCAAAGGCAAUGAGGCGCAGGUCAAACUCAUCAAGGAAUACCGCCAGACAAUCGAGAAGGAGCUCGGAAAGAUCUGCGAAGACAUCCUUGAGGUCCUCGAUCAACAUUUGAUCCCCUCGGCCCAAUCCGGCGAGUCCAAGGUCUUCUACCACAAGAUGAAGGGUGAUUACCACCGCUACCUCGCUGAAUUCGCCACUGCCGAUAAGCGAAAGGAGUCCGCCGACAAGUCUCUUGAAGCUUACAAGGCUGCCACCGAGGUUGCUCAGACUGAUCUCGCUCCUACUCAUCCCAUCCGACUUGGUCUUGCCCUGAACUUCUCCGUCUUCUACUAUGAGAUUCUCAACUCUCCCGACCAGGCUUGCCACCUUGCAAAGCAGGCUUUUGAUGAUGCCAUCGCUGAGCUUGACACCCUGAGCGAGGAAAGCUACAAGGACUCUACAUUGAUCAUGCAGUUGCUGCGGGACAACCUGACCCUCUGGACUUCUUCUGAGGCUGAACCACAAGAGGCAGCUGGUCAAUCAAGUGAAGCACCUAAGGAGACUGAGGCUGCCGCUGCCCCCGCCGCCGAGGCUGAGAAGACUGAUGCUUAAAUUUCAGAUCGUGUCAUGGUGAUAUUCCCAACUUGGCAAUCGGAACACUGGACCGAUGUGGUCUCUAAGGCUCUGCGACAAUUGGGAGACAAUGCUCAAAUGCACUAAGCAUUCAAAAAAACCAAUCUUUCCUUCCCACCUAACCCCCAAAUGAUGUUUUUCCCCGUACGAAUAGCUCAAAUAGCAGAUGAUACAGCAGACAUCUGUGUUGUGGUGCGAACCCGAUUAUGUCAGCUACUACUUUUAGACAAAAGACUGGAGAAAUAGCAAUAUCAGGAAUCGGUUCAUCGUUCUGCAAAUAUUGAGGCUUGUUUCUUGUCUUGGAAUUCGUAAAGAGUAGAUGGAUCUUUGGUUUAUCAAUUGUGACGCCUGAGCCUGAUCAAGUUGUACCUGUAAGAUUGACUGACUUGUGGUUUGUGAUGAGGAACUUGCUACUGAGAGAGGUGCAUGUGUCUUUCUCUUGUCUUGUCAUCUACCGAUGCCGACAUGAUGCUCGGAGACUUAGCUCGCUAGGUACCUAAACGUCGUGACUUGUUUUAUGUAGAGUAUACCUACCUGGCAGUGCCAACGGGAGACAAAAGAUGAC